AUGGCAUCAUUAACACGCUUUUCAUUAACAUCAUCAACGGCAUUAUGUCGUUUAUUAAUUAAUCGUAAUGCUGGUCUUAUUCAACAAUAUUUACCUUCAAUGAUUAUUCCGUCCGCUGCACAACAACGAUCAAUUGCUACUACACCUAUUCGUCGUGAUAUUGAUUCAGCAGCUAAAUAUAUCGGAGCUGGUGCUGCAACUGUUGGUGUAGCAGGUGCUGGUGCAGGUAUUGGUACAGUAUUCGGUUCACUCGUUGUCGCCUAUGCAAGAAAUCCAAGUUUAAAACAACAACUCUUCUCAUACGCCAUUUUGGGUUUUGCCCUAAAAAAUUCAAUAUGUCAACAUUAUUGUUAUUAUUGUCAUACACAAGAACUAACAUCAUCAUAUCGUUUUUGUUGUUGUUGUUCAUGUUCAAUAUCAUUUGAAGAGAUUUUAACAUGGAUUAUUAUUUGUUUAUUAACAUUUUUUUUAUUUAAUACAAUUAAAUUAUGCAUUAUAAUAUUUUUAAUUCUUUUUAUUAUUUAUUGGAUAUGUACAAAACUUUCAAUUUUUCAUAUAUUUAAAGAAUUUUAUCAAAAACAAUGGAUAAAUUCGAAAACUUCUAUUGAUAAUAAACAAACACAGAUAGUUAACUAUACUUGUUCAAUUAAUAAACAAAGUCUUAAUAAUAAUCCUAUUCAAGAUAAUAAUAUUAUUCAUUAUGAAGAGAAUGAAAAAUUCAAUAAUGAUCAACAUAGUUUUUUAACUGCAACAUUAUCAAAUUCAAAUCUUGAUAUUAGUACAAAAUCAAACAAUGAUUUUUCUAAAGCAAAUAAUUAUGAUGGUAUAAACAAUAACAUAAUUGAAAAAUCAAAAAGAAAUUUUAAUAACGAAAAAAAACAAUCAACAACGAAAAAACUACUUAUUGAAAAUAUUCAAAAUCAAAUUGAAUAUUCAUCAGAUAUUUCUCAGUUUAAUAAUCAAUCUAAUAUUUCAAUUUCACAACCUGGUUAUUAUGGACCAAUACAUACAAUUAUGAACAAUAUAAUUAAUCCUUACAAUAAAGAUCAAAUACAAAAUUCAAUGAAAAUUUUUGAAAUUUUAAAUUCUAACAAAUCAAUUGAACAGAAAUCUGAAAAUCAAAUGAUAAUAGAAUCUCAAAUAUUUUUUGAUACUUCUCAAACAUCAUUUAUACCUAAUAAAUUUACUAUAGAUGAAAUAUCAAAUGAAACUAAAAUUCUUAAUAAUAUUAUUGAACAAACAAAAGGUAUUCGUCAAAUGAUUGAAAUUUUACAUGAAGAUAUUUUACAAUUAAAACAAUAUUCAAAUAAACAAACAAUUGAACAAAUAUCAAAUUUAUCGAUUGAAGAAAAAAAUAUUCUUAAAUUAGCUACAGAAAAUCUUAUUCAAACAAUUAUAUCAAUGAGAAUUAAUAAAAAUAUGAAUAUAUUAAAACAAUUCAAAAAAGAUUCUUCAAAUGAAUUAAUUAAAUCUAUUCAACAUAAUAAAAAACAAAAAUCUUCUCCAUCGAUAUUCAAUGAUGAUUAUCGACAAUCAGAAGGAAAUAAAUCAAAACGAUCAUCUAUAUUAAAAAUUGAUAAUUUGAUAAAAACACAACAUCAAGAACCUAAAUGUGUUACUCUACAAACUUCAUUUGUUAUGAAUUCUAGUAUGCCACGUAUACCAACAAAUGCAACUGUAAUUAACAUUAAUAAUGAUGAUGAAGAAAUCGAAAAAUCAUAUAAUAAUGAUAUCAAAACAUCACAAUAUAUCAUAACUACAAAUGAACAAUUUGAAAAUAUUCCCACGAGAAAUGAACGAAAAUCUAAAAAUGAUUUACUUUUAAAACAUGAUUCACUUAUCUACAAUAAUGAACCAUUAGAUUGGAUUUAUUAUUCAUCAAAACCUGAUCAUUUUCCUAAUAUUAUUACUCAAUCUGAUCUUCCAAUUGCUCGAUCUGAUGAUCAACAUUCAUCAUUUAAACAAACAUUAUUAUCUCAUUUUCAUCAUCGACCAAAUUUUACUUUAACAAAUAUUCCAGCAACUUUUCACUCUUCAUCUCUCAAUGCUACGAAUAUAAGACAAAAGAAAAUUGAUUUAUCUCAUUCUAUUUCACAUAUACCAUUAUCAAUGAAUUCUACUAAUAAUCUAAAACAAUAUCAAUAUAAUAUAAUUAAAGAACGACAAAAACUAGCAGAAAAAUUACUUAAUAAUAAAGAAUCAUUUAAUUAUAUUUGGAAUAAAACAUUAAAUCAUUUAAAACAACGAAUAUUUCGAGUUCGUAAAAGUCGAAUUAUUAUUUCAUUCGAUGAUAUUCAACAACAACAACAAAAUGCAAGUCAUAAUGACAAAAAUAAUUUUGAUACAUUAGUCGAUACUGUUGUAGAAGAUAUGUCAACAGAAAUUAAUCAUGCUCGUUCUCAAUUAAAUAUUAAUAGAACUAAUUCUACAUCUAUUUAUCCAUUAAAUAUUAAUAAACAACAACCUAAAAUAAUUACAAAUAGUUCAAUAAUGUCUCUUUUUCAAUCAUUUGAUUCAGUUAUUCGUGAAGGUGAAUUGUCAUUAUACAAUGAUAAACAAUGUAAAUCUAAUUAUCAAAAUGAAAAUAUAAAUGAAGAUUCUUUAUCUGUAAUUAGUAAUAGUUUAUACAGUGUCACAAGUCAAUUUAUUCUUGCAUAA